AUUUGAAGCACCAGUGCUGGAGGCUCAGAAUAAGCCAACAGGAGGAGGACUCCCACCAAAGCAGCACGCAGGUCUCCUGAGUAGAUCCGACGAAACGCUUAGGAGAGUAACCCGCAAAUAAGAGGGAGAACUCUCUGGCAUUCAAAUUCAAACUCGAUUCUGCCACAACAAGCAAAAAAAAGGGAGAGAGAGAAACCAAAAAACAGCCUUUUUUUCCCACAGCUAUCAGUUUCUUUCACUAAGCCUUCCGAAACCUGAGCCUCUGCAGAACACUAACCACUCGGGCCUCACCUACAGACAUGGACAGAUGUACUUACACUUUCAUUUUAUAGAACUUGAAAUUCUCUUUUUAAGGAAGGAGUCAACUUUGGCCUUGAGUGUUUGGCAUGGGUACAAAGCCUUAAAAAAGCAGAUGACCAGCUUAGCUACUGACCAUGCUGAUCAGUGUCCGGAAUCAGAUCAAAUCAAAGAAAAACAGCGAAUGGCUUUCUCUUUUAGAAUAUUCGAGCAACGUACAAGUCCUGGGCAUGUUUUGCAGAGCUCAUUUGACCACUUAAUCUCUUCUAACUGGUCUGGAUUACAGACAGAAUCAAUAACAGAGAAAAUGAAACAGACUGGUGAGGAACAGGGAAAUAAACCGCGAUGGGCAGCUCUUCUGAUACUCAUGGUGAUAAUACCCACAAUUGGUGGCAACAUCCUUGUUAUUCUGGCUGUUUCACUGGAGAAAAAGUUGCAGUAUGCUACCAAUUAUUUCCUAAUGUCCCUGGCAGUGGCCGACUUGCUGGUUGGAUUGUUUGUGAUGCCGAUUGCCCUCUUAACAAUAAUGUUUGAGGCUAUGUGGCCCCUCCCACUUGUUCUAUGCCCUGCCUGGUUAUUUCUUGAUGUUCUUUUUUCUACUGCAUCCAUUCUGCAUCUCUGCGCCAUUUCAGUGGAUCGUUACAUAGCCAUCAAAAAGCCAAUCCAGGCCAAUCAAUAUAACUCACGAGCUACAGCAUUCAUCAAGAUUAUCGUGGUGUGGUUAAUUUCAAUAGGCAUUGCCCUUCCAGUUCCUAUUAAAGGGAUAGAAACUGAUGUGGCUAACCCAAACAACAUCACCUGCGGGCUGACAAAGGAUCGUUUUGGCAGUUUCAUGCUCUUUGGCUCACUGGCUUCCUUCUUCACACCUCUGGCCAUCAUGAUUGUCACCUACUUUCUCACUAUCCAUGCUUUACAGAAGAAAGCUUACUUGGUCAAAAACAAGCCACCUCAACGCCUAACAUGGUUGACUGUGUCCACAGUUUUCCAAAGGGAUGAAACACCUUGCUCAUCACCAGAAAAAGUGGCAAUGCUGGAUGGUUUUCACAAGGACAAAACUCUGCCCAAUGCAAGUGCUGACAUACUUAUGCGAAGAAUGUCCACAGUAGGGAAAAAGUCAGUACAGACCAUUUCCAAUGAACAGAGAGCCUCAAAGGUUCUCGGGAUUGUAUUUUUCCUCUUUUUACUUAUGUGGUGCCCCUUUUUUAUUACAAAUGUAACUUUAGUUUUAUGUGACUCGUGCAACCAGACGACUCUCAACAUGCUCCUGGAGAUAUUUGUGUGGAUAGGCUAUGUUUCCUCAGGAGUGAAUCCUCUGGUCUACACUCUCUUCAACAAGACAUUUCGGGAUGCAUUUGGCCGGUACCUCACCUGCAAUUACCGAGCCCCCACAUCAGUAAAAACCCCUGGAAAAUGUUCUAGUAAUAUCUACUUCCAGAAUCCAAUGGCAGAGAAUUCUAUAUUUUUUAUGAAACAUGGAAUGCGAAAUGGCAUUAAUCCUGCCAUGUACCAGAGUCCAAUGAGGCUCCGAGGUUCAACCGUUCAGUCUUCAUCCAUCAUUUUACUAGAUACACUUCUCCUCACCGAAAAUGAAGGUGACAAAACUGAAGACCAAAUCAGUUACUUAUAGUAGAAAUGGCACAAUUUUAAUAUAAUGAUGAGUAAGAUGAUUAAGAAAAUAUAAAUAUACCAGAAUUAUAUAAAGAACUUUAUAUCAUGUAUCAAAAAUCAUCUCUUAAUAAAUUAAGAAUUAUGUAU